AAGAAUUCCGUCAGUUGUGAGUUAAACAUCAAGCAAGGAAGGGUUGUCCGCUAGGAAGGAACACAAACAGGGCCGUGACCCGAAAAUGAUAAAUUGUGGUACCACCCCCGCAGCCGGGCGAUUCUAUUUCGCUGCCGUGACCUUUUCCGUGUUGUAUUCGAUCAUUUCGAUGGGGGCGCCAUUUUCACGGUCCGUAAUGGCGUGGCGAUCCAGCGGUUCGACACACGAAGAGCUUGUUUACAAGCUCAAACAACAUGGCAUAAUCAAAUCAGAGAGUGUCCACGAUGCUUUGAAACAAGUUGACAGAAAACAUUACAGCAAGAGCAAAACUGACCCGUAUGCAGACUCGCCCCAGGGAAUAGGUUAUGCGGUUACUAUUAGUGCACCUCAUAUGCACGCCCAUGCCCUUGAGCUCUUGAAGGAUCAUCUUACAGAGGGCAAGACUGCGUUAGAUGUCGGUUCAGGUAGCGGCUAUCUCACAGCAUGUAUGGGAAUCAUGGUCGGGGAGACUGGACAUGUCGUGGGCAUCGACCAUAUCAAGGAGUUAGUUGAUUGGUCCAUAGCCAACGUCCAGAAGGAGCAUGCUUACCUGUUGGAAUCGGGCAGAGUCAAGCUCAUCACUGGUGACGGAAGAAGAGGCUACCUUGAGGGAGCACCAUAUGAUGCCAUCCAUGUUGGUGCAGCAGCCCCAGUUUUACCUCCAGCUCUAAUAGAGCAGUUGAAACCGGGCGGCCGAUUGAUCAUCCCCGUUGGUCCGCAGGGAGCCAAUCAGAUGCUAGAACAGUACGACAAAGACAUGGAAGGCCGGGUGACAAAGAAGAACCUGAUGGGCGUGGUCUAUGUGCCACUGACGAGUAAAGAGCAACAGUGGCCUGGAAGACUUUUAGAGGCAAUUCUGAAGCGGCAAAAGUCUGGAGAGAGCAAAGAGGCGGGACCUUCGUCGUGAAAAACAAAAGUUGAACUAGGAGUAGAGAUGAUCUAUAAGGAGCUCCUGAUGGCCGUGACCUGCAGCUGUUAACCUUGACCCCUGCUGCAUAUUGUGGACUUGCUACUGCUGCCGUUUUGCCAGAUGUCUUGUAAAUAUGCCCACAGUUUUCCUGAAAUAAUUAUUGUAAAUUGCAUGAAGAUUGUCAAACAAUGUCUGGCAGAAAUGGUCUGAAAGUGGCUUUCGACAGUAUAUUUUUAAAAAGUUGUUAUUUUAUAAACAAGCAUAAUCAGAAGUAAACUUCCUCUUUGAAAAUAUACAUUUUUCUUUCUUUAGACAAGAGUGCAGCCUAGUUGUUUCCUUACAUUUCUAAUGUAUAAUUAUAUCAGCUUCCCAAAUUUCACACCCAGGCCAAACCCAGUAUCAAUCUUGAGAACAUUAUCUUUUUACAUUUCUAAUGUGUAAUUAUAUCAGCUUCCCAAAUUUCACACCCAGGCCAAACCCAGUAUCAAUCUUGAGAACAUUAUCUUUUUCGUGGCCCAGAGAACUGCCUUGGAAAAAUGGGUGUACAUGUGAGUUGCGUUUUUGCUUGUAUCCAAUCAGCUUCUACUUUUUUUUUUUUUUUUUAAUACUAUUUCCUAGAUACAUUUGUACACAUACAUGUAGGACACAUAGCGUGCCACAUUUGCAGUAUACAUGUAAUAUUAAGACUCAAAAUUUACCAUAUAGCGGAAGUAAGUAUAUGUACCUUUCUAGGAACAUUUCAAAUUAUAUUGUAAAUACCCUAAGAUACAUGC